AUGCCUCCUCAUGUUCCUCGCAAGCGACUGCGUGGGUCCCCUGGUAGUGAGGAGUUCAAAUCUGGAGCGGGCGCAAAGCAAACGGCCAAGCCCAGCAAGCGGAAGUCUACGCUGUACGAUGACUUGGAUGCGGUCGCGACGCCGGCCUCGGCAAAGACUUCUGAAUCCUUAUUCCAGAGUGUUGGCGAUGAUACUGAUAGCUCUUUAUCUUCAUUUUCCGAUGAGGAUUUCGAGGAUGUGCCCCUUGCAAAGCGACCCAAGGUCAAUCCAAAUGUCUCGGAUGACGAUGACGAAGACUUUGAAUUCGAAGAUGUCGAGGCUCCAGCUCAAUCCAAUUCAAUCGUUCCAGUUGUAUCCGGAGACCUUGAGCUAACCUUGAAUAAAGACACGAGACUGUCACUGACAAACGUGUUCGGGGAUAAGAAAGGGCCGUCAAAACGUGAGCGAAAGGUGCGGAAUGCCACACAUUGUCUUCAUGUUCUUUCCCUCCUUUGGCACAAUGCUGUACGAAAUUCGUGGUUGUGUGAUCCUGAAGUGCAGGGAAUAAUGAUUUCUCAUCUGCCGCCUAAGAUGUGGGAUGAGGUAGAACGUUGGAGGCAGAACUCGGGCCUCACCAAACGACCUUCUCAGCCAGAGUCCUCAACUGGCAGAGUCAAGAAAAGUGCAAAACUCAAAAGAAAGGAGCAGGAAUCCCGUGAUUGGGGGGAUGCAGCAAGACGGCUAGAGGAAGGAGCCAUUGAUAUGAGCCAUGGCGAUCCUCUGUUCAGAUUGAUGCAAUCUUUGGCCUCUUGGUGGAAACAACGAUUCAAGAUCACAGCUCCUGGGCUAAGAAAAUGGGGCUACAUGGCAUUGGAGAGGCUGGACAGGUUGACAAAGGCAUAUAAGGACGAAUAUGCUGACUGCAGUCGCUUUGGAGAAAGAGUAGCAAGCCUAGAUGAGUUUCGGCAGUGUGCGAUGAAAUGCGAAGGAAGCAGGGAUAUCGGGGCGCAGUUAUUCACUGGGCUACUGCGAGGUCUUGGACUCGAGGCCAGGAUGGUUGCCAGUUUACAACCCUUGGGCUUUGGCUGGAACCGCUUGGAGGAUGCGGAUCUAGAGCCUGAGCUGGCAGAGCUGGAUAUGAAAAUUGCAAAACUCGCAAAGACCACCGACGAAACCAGUGUAAAAAAGACAAACAAAACAAAGGCCAAAUCUGCAGCAACUCGUUCGAAGCGACAGCAGUCAAGUCGUGCCGCGGCCGCUACGGAGACCGCCUCAGACGAAAUAGAUGAUUUGCAAAGAGAGUAUACUGACACAGACGAUGAACCGGUUGUGGUAAUGCAGGUAACUCCAAAAGAGUCCAAAACACCUGUUAGCAAAUUUGAUUCAGAUUUGGAAUAUCCCCAUUACUGGGCAGAGGUUCUGUCUCCAGUAACGAACAAAUACCUGUCUGUUGAUCCGAUUGUGAAGAGCCUCAUCGCAACGAAUCGAGAAAUCACCGAGGCGUUUGAGCCCCGGGGUCAAAAGGCAGAGAAAGCUCGGCAGGUCACGGCUUAUAUUGUCGGAUACUCUCCUGACGGGACGGCAAAGGACGUGACGGUCAGGUACCUGAAAAGGCAAGUGGUUCCUGGCAGGACAAAGGGCGUGCGAAUGCCAAUAGAAAAGGUGCCAAUUUACAACCGCCAUGGAAAAGUGAAGCGUUACGAAGAGUUUGACUGGUUCAAGUCUGCCAUGUCGGGAUACAGGAGAGGAACAAAAGCUUAUCCAAUCACCGAAAUAGAUGACGAUGAAGAUUCAAACGACCUGAAGCCGGCAAGGCCGGAAAAGAAGGAGGUAAAAGAGGGCGAAGAGACUCUUCAGUAUUACAAACAAUCUAAAGAAUUCGUCCUUGAAAGACACUUGAAGCGGGAAGAGGCUUUGAAACGAGGCGCUCUACCUGUGAAAAAAUUCAAGAAUAAGGCGAAGGGGGGCAAAGCAGAGGAGGAAGAUGUUUACCUGCGAUCAGAUGUUCUCCAGGUCAAGAGUGCAGAGACGUGGCACAAACAGGGGCGCGCUCCUCUUGCAGGAGAGCAGCCGCUGAAGCGAGUUCCGUACCGCGCAGCAACAACCAAUCGACGGAGAGAAAUUCUCGAGGCCGAGGCUGCCACUGGGCAAAAGGCUUUGCAAGGGUUGUAUAGUUAUGAGCAGACGGACUGGAUUAUUCCACCUCCUAUCAAGGACGGCAUUAUUCCGAAAAACGAGUACGGGAACAUCGAUCUCUUCGUCGAGCACAUGUUACCCGAAGGCGCCGCGCAUGUUCCAUUCCGAGGCGCGAUGAAGGUAUGCAAACGCCUCAAGAUCGACUAUGCAGAGGCUGUUGUCGACUUUGAGUUUGGACAUCGAAUGGCUGUCCCCGUUAUUCAAGGCGUUGUCAUUGCAGAGGAGUUUCACGACGAGGUCAUGGCUGAACUUGAAAAGGACGAGGCAGAGCGCAGGAGAAAGGAGGAUGAGAAACGGCGCAAAGCUGCUUUGGGGCAGUGGCGGAAAUUUAUCAUGGGGCUGCGAAUCGUCGAGAGGAUACGACAGGAGUACGGCGAGGUUGAUGAGAGUGUGUCAGUGUUUGGACACAGUAAAGACGUUGCCUCGAAACCCCAUGCACAUGCUGCGGCUGCAACCCAAGAUGAGGACAUGGCUGGCGGAUUUCUUCCAGAAGGUUAUGAGGAAGAACAUGAAGAAGAGCAGCAUCAUACGUCGAGUUUCUUUCCAGUUGGGGAUGACGAGGAUGACGCUGGCGACGAUGGGGGCUUGACUAUUGAGCAUCACUGA